AUGCGAGUGGGAGAAUCACCGAAUCAAGAUAGAGGGACAGAAUUCCAUAGAUUUGGCAUUCUUUGUAAAAAAAAAAAAAUAACUUUCCAUUCUAGACAAUUUUACAAAGAAUGCCAAAUCUAUGGAACUAUUGAUUUCAUUUUCGGCGCAAGUCAAGCUGUGUUCCAAGAUUGUGAUAUCUUUUUAAGGAAACCAAGACUCGGAGGAGGGUUGGUUGUGACUGCUAACGGUCGGAAACGCAGUAAUCAAACUGGCGGGUAUUCGUUGCAAGGGUGUAAAAUAAAUGCUGCAGACGAUCUUAAGCCCGUUGUAGGUCAGUACAAAAAAGCAUUCUUAGGAAGACCGUGGUUUGCGUAUGCUCGGACAGUUUAUAUGCAAUCUUUUCUUGAUGAUUUGGUGGACCCACAAGGAUGGCUUGAUAGUUGGGGUUACAAUCAAACUGCCUAUUAUGGGGAGUAUAAGAAUUCUGGACCAGGUUCAUCUACUGAUCGAAGAGUCAAUUGGCCUGGUUACCAAGCGAUAACAGAUCCAAAUAUUGCCAAUCAGUUCACUGUUGCUGAGUUCAAUAAUGGCACCAAAUGGCUUCCUACAUCUGGUGUGCCUUUUGUACCCGGGUUUGAAAAUCAGUAG